GUCGAAUAAAUGGAUAACUGGACGUUGAAAAUGUCGUCGCGAUUCCUGUCACUCGUUCUGAUCGUGUCGUGCGUCGGUUCCAGUCCGGUUUCGCAGCCGGUCUACCAGACCAAUCCCUACACGAGUGCCCAGCAAAUCGCCGGAAUCGGUUACAAGCCUCAGGCGCCCGGACUUAUCGCCUAUCAGCCGCAGAUUUUGGCCGUAAGGCCAGCCGCCCGGCAGCCGGUCUACGAGACGGAAAGGGAUGGUUUGCAGCACUACGCGACGCAGCAGCAACCCCAAACGCAGCAACAGCCCAUCCAGCAAGUGCUGUUGGCCACCAAUGUUGACAGACAGAUACAGAGAGUGGCCCAGUCAUCCGGCCCCCUCUACCUGCAGAGGAUUCAGGCAGCCCAACAGCAGGGCCAGGCUCAGGAGGCGAUAGAUGCGGCUCAAAGAAAACUGACCUCCGCCACCCUGAGAAGACAACCGCUCCCCGUUCCGGUACCAUCGAUCCCGCAAACCCAACAAUACUACAGCACGUCCCCUGCCCAGCCGCAGGGCCAAAUCAAAUACGCGAGACCGCAAACCAUCACCAUACCGGUGCAGUACAGACAGAUCCAACAGCAACAGCCCCAACGGCCCGAGAAGGAAAAUCCGGAGGAUUAUGAUGUAAGUUUUAUUGGCCGACAUUACAUAAAAUCAAAUCGACGUUACGAGCAACCGUAA